AUCUAUCAUCCCACUGCCACCAUGCUGGCCUCAGGGCUGCUUCUGGUGACCUUGCUGGCCUGCCUGACUGUGAUGAUCUUGAUGUCUGUCUGGCGGCAGAGGAAGAGCAAGGGGAAGCUGCCUCCGGGACCCACCCCAUUGCCCUUCGUUGGAAACUACCUGCAGCUGAACACAAAGCAGAUGUAUAACUCCCUCAUGAAGAUCAGUGAGCGCUAUGGCCCCGUGUUCACCAUUCACCUGGGGCCCCGGCGGGUCGUGGUGCUGUGCGGACAUGAUGCCGUCAGGGAGGCUCUGGUGGACCAGGCUGAGGAGUUCAGCGGGCGAGGCGAGCAGGCCACCUUCGACUGGCUCUUCAAAGGCUAUGGCGUGGCGUUCAGCAACGGGGAGCGCGCCAAGCAGCUCCGGCGCUUCUCCAUCGCCACCCUAAGGGGUUUUGGCGUGGGCAAGCGCGGCAUCGAGGAACGCAUCCAGGAGGAGGCGGACUUCCUCAUCGAGGCCCUCCGGGGCACGCACGGCGCCAAUAUCGAUCCCACCUUCUUCCUGAGCCGCACCGUCUCCAAUGUCAUCAGCUCCAUUGUCUUUGGGGACCGCUUUGACUAUGAGGACAAAGAGUUCCUGUCACUGUUGCGCAUGAUGCUGGGAAGCUUCCAGUUCACGGCAACCUCCACGGGGCAGCUCUAUGAGAUGUUCUCUUCGGUGAUGAAACACCUGCCAGGACCACAGCAACAGGCCUUUAAGGAGCUGCAAGGGCUGGAGGACUUCAUCGCCAAGAAGGUGGAGCACAACCAGCGCACGCUGGAUCCCAGUUCCCCACGGGACUUCAUCGACUCCUUUCUCAUCCGCAUGCAGGAGGAGGAGAAGAACCCCAACACAGAGUUCUACUUGAAGAACCUGGUGAUGACCACUCUGAACCUCUUCUUUGCGGGCACUGAGACCGUGAGCACCACCCUGCGCUACGGCUUCCUGCUGCUCAUGAAGCACCCAGAGGUGGAGGCCAAGGUCCAUGAGGAGAUUGACAGAGUGAUUGGCAAGAACCGGCAGCCCAAGUUUGAGGACCGGGCCAAGAUGCCCUACACGGAGGCAGUGAUCCACGAGAUCCAAAGAUUUGGAGACAUGCUCCCCAUGGGUUUGGCCCACAGGGUCAACAAGGACACCAAGUUUCGGGAUUUCUUCCUCCCUAAGGGCACUGAAGUGUUCCCUAUGCUGGGCUCCGUGCUGAGAGACCCCAGGUUCUUCUCCAACCCCUGGGACUUCAAUCCCCAGCACUUCCUGGAUAAGAAGGGGCAGUUUAAGAAGAGUGAUGCUUUUGUGCCCUUUUCCAUCGGAAAGCGGUACUGUUUUGGAGAAGGCCUGGCCAGAAUGGAGCUCUUUCUCUUCUUCACCACCAUCAUGCAGAACUUUCGCUUCAAGUCCCCCCAGUCGCCUAAGGAUAUCAACGUGUCCCCCAAACACGUGGGCUUUGCCACGAUCCCACGAAACUACACCAUGAGCUUCCAGCCCCGCUGAGCGAGGGCUGCGCUGGUGCAGGGCUGGUGGGCGGGGGCAGAGGCGGGGCUUGCGGGAGGGGCGGGGCUAAGAAUGGGGGCAGGAUGGGGGAAGGAAGGGGAGAGGUGGUUAGAGGGAACAGAAGAAACAGAAGGGGCUCAGUUCACCUUGAUGAUGUCCUUCAGAGCUGUGAUGAGAGGAAGGGAAACCUUACAGUAUGCUAUGAAGAAUAGUAAUAAUAGCAGCUCUUAUUUCCUGAACAAGUACCUCCAUGUCAGCUUUGUUCAAAAAGCAUUGCACGCUCACUUCACUUAAUUGCCACAAACCUCUGCAAAGGGGAAAAGCGUUCAUGCCCAUUUUACACGUGACAAAGCUGCGGCUCAGAAAGUUGUCUCUAUCUGAUUUCUCACAAAACGUUAAGUGCCCAGAAAAUCUUUGAACACAGAUCUGUGCCCAUAGCCCUCUAGACAGAUUCUUAAAAAGCACCCCUUCCUCACGUAAAACAGCUUAGUAUAGCAUCACAUGGCCUGAACAUCCCUGUCCUGGGGGGUUUUCCAGAGACCUGGCGGGCGGCUGUCCUGCCUUCUCUGCACACUUGCCUACUCGGCACGCUUUGAAUACCAGGGUGUAGUCUGAGCUCGCUACCAGGUAAGGCCACUGUGGCCCAAUCAGAGUCAGUCUAGGACACAACGAGACAUGAAUAGACAUACAGAGUCAGUGCAUUGACAAUUCCUUUGCAGAGCAGAAGUUUUUAAUUUUAAUGACAUUCUGUCAUUGUAUCUCUUAAUGAAGAAGUUGAAGGAGAGAACCACUUUAAUGCCGGGAGAACUCUGGAUCAGGACAUACCAUACGCAUGUUUGUGAUCAUGUGCAGGCUUGCAUGUGAGCAUAUGACUGCAUAUUCUCCUCCGUGUAUGCAUGAAACACAUUCCACUAUGGGUUUCUGAAGGUGGGGCUCUCCUGAUGGAUCUGGGGUCUGUUGUAAGACCCAGCUAAGAGUUUGACAAUCACCUGCCCACUCUCAAAGAAGUUAGUGUAUGUCCCCCUUAGAAGCUCCCUUACAGCAUUCACAAAAAUUAACUCCAAGUUUAUUGUAGGCCUAAAUGAAAAGUGAGUAUAAACUUCUAGAAGAUAACAUAGGAGAAAAUCUAGAUGAUCUUAAGUUUGGUGAUGGCUUAUUAGAUACAACACCAAAAGAACCAUCCUUGAAAGAAGAAAUUGAUCAGUUCUGAGUCAUUAAAAUUAAAAAUUUCUGCUCUGCAAGAUAAUUGUCAAGAGAAUGACAAUACAAGCUACAGGCUGGGAGAACAUAUUUGCAGGGAACACACCUGAUAAAGGACUUACAUUCAAAAUACACAAAGAACUGUUAAAACUCAACAAUAGAAAGCAACCUAAUUAAAGAAUGGGCAAAAAUCUGAGCAGACACCUCACCAAAUAAAAUAUACACACAGCAAAUAAGCAUAAGGAAAGAUGCUCCACAUCAUGUCAGUAGCAAUUUCAAAUUUAAAAAAUAAUGAUAUACCAUACCUACCUAUUAGAAUGGCUAAAAUCCAAAACUGACAACACCAAAUGCUGACAAGGAGGUGGCUCAACAGGAACUGUCAUUCACUGAUGGUGGGAAUGCAAAAUGGCACAGCUACUUUGGAAGACAGAUUGGCGGUUUCUUGCAAAGCUAAACAUAUUUUUACUAUGUGAUACAGCAAUCAUGCUCUUCUGUAUCAACCCAAAUAAGUUGAAAAUGUAUAGCCACACAAAAAUUUCUGCACAGAUAUUUAUAGCAGCUUUAUUCAUAGUUGCCAAAUCUUGUAAGCAAC